AUGGUCUUGAAUCGGCAUUCCUUCCAGCCUCCGGUCAUGCACCCCAGGAGGCGGCAGGAUAUCACAAACAGUAAUGUUUUUACACUGUUCAACUCAAAACACUUCCAGGAUGAAGUUGCUCAUCGGCUGGCCGGUGCAGUGCGAAUACCCACCAUUGCCUAUGAUGGUAUGGAUCUGGUCGGUCACGACCCUCGGUGGAACAUUUUCUUCCAGUUUUCCGACUUCCUCAAAAGGACAUUUCCCCGAGUAUAUCAAGCGCUCGUGGUCGAGAAUGUCAGCACACAUGCAAGACUGUAUACUUGGCAAGGCUGGGACGAGACGCUGAAGCCAAUGCUUUUCAUGGCCCAUUCGGAUGUUGUUCCUGCUGGUCACUCAACCUCAGAUCAAUGGUCUCAUCCUCCCUUUUCAGGCUAUUACGAUGGAGAGUUCAUCUGGGGUCGAGGAUCAGAAGAUGACAAGUCCAACCUGAUCGCAAUGCUCACUGCCAUCGAUUGUCUGCUCGCUUGCGACUUCCAACCUCAACGCACGUUGAUCCUCUCGGUCGGCUUCGAUGAAGAGGGUGGAGCUGAUCAGAGUUAUGGUGCUCGGUGUCUUGCAAACACGCUUCUGGAGAGAUACGGCAAGCACGGCAUGGAACUUAUCUUCGAUGAAGGCAUUGCAGGAAUCGAGAAGCGGUUCGGCACCGACUUCGCUCUCCCUGCGACUGCGGAAAAGGGUUAUGUCGAUGUGACCAUCAACGUCAGCAUGCCUGGCGGUCAUUCGUCGACUCCUCCAGACCAUACGGCGAUCGGCUUUUUGGCUCAGAUCAUCAAGUUGAUCGAAGACCAUCCGUUUCCUUCAAAACUAAUUCGUCACAACCCGACUUUGAAUUAUCUACGGCAAGCGGCACUAUUGUCCAAGCAUAUGCCUGACGACCUCCGAGAUGUUAUCCUUGGUUCUCAGUCGUCCAGCAAGCUGCUUGAGUAUUUGAACACCGAUCGUGAGAGGCGUGCGAUGGUGAAGACCUCGAUUGCCGUCGACGUGGUUCGGGGUGGAGAUAAAGUCAAUUCGCUACCGGAGAGUGCCACAGUCCUCAUCAACCAUCGCAUUGCAAUCCACGAUUCGGUAGAUGUGGUCAAGGACCACUAUGUUUCGUUACUGUCGCCGUGGGCUGAGAGAUGGAAUUUCAACCUGAACGCCUUUGGUAGGAAGAUGCAACACCACAAAGACGGCACCACGCGAACGGAUGACAACAACGACUGCGGCGACCUCACACUCGUGGCCGCUUAUGAGCUCGACCCUUCACCUGUGUCUGACACGGACGAUGCAUGUUUCAGGUGGUUGGCGGGCACGAUCAAGGGCGUAUUUGGCGAGAAUGUAGUCGUCGCCCCUGAGUUGCUUAGUGGUAAUACGGAUACGCGAUACUACUGGGACUUGUCGCCACAUAUAUACCGAAUGUCACCUUGGCGAGCGAGUCACGACCCUCGCGGCACGCGCAUGCACACGGUUGACGAAAGAAUGCCAGUGGCGGGCCUUUUAGAAAUGGUGAAGUUUUACCAUGAAUUCAUCAGAGUCAUGGACGAAGUGCGAAAGUGA